CUUGUGAUAUGGUUAAGAUUGGAGCGGCUGUACAACCUGGCCGGUCCUGACGGUGGGAUGUUGUUUGCUCGCAGGGGAAUGAUAUGCAUUACGAGGAGUGUACGCAAGGAGAACGCGAUUAUAGUGCCGGAUUUUAACUAGGCGGCAAAGUUACUGUGUUCUACUUGUAUGAGGGUGUACGAGAUUGCGCGCAGAAAAAGAGCAAACAAUAUGUGAGCAUAGAUGAUAACCAUAUUGUUUGCCCCAACUCACAUUCAUCUCUACUCUCCUUCUUCCACCUUUAUUCGUUCUCAAAUAUGGAGAACGCUGUGCGCAGAGUUAUCAGUCUCGUGUUGGAUUGUUUCGGCGCGUAUGCAUUUUAUAAAGAUCGGCGACGACAUCACCGCCAGGAUCGCGCUGAGGAGAAGAACCGCCGUCAGGUAGCAGUCUACGAGUUGCCCGUCGUACCUUACGUGCUUCCAUGCCCUCCUUCGAAGGUCUUUACGCCCGUCCGACCGCUGCGCACUUCUCGUCGGCAGGGAUACGCACCGCCCGUGGCAGGGAGCAAAGCCGGAGAAAAGACUGCGCCGAGGGCGACGCACGUUGAUAUGAUACUGCCGCAGAUUACGGAGCUGUUUGACUUGUCUUCAUCAUGCAGUGGCUCUGAUGGUGUUUGUGGCGGGUCGUCGAGUGGCGAUUCUUCAGAACCUGGAUCAAGCUCCAGUGACGGUGAGAGUCCCAGGAGGGGGCAGAACAGGUCAAAGAUGACACGUUCCGCUGAUGUUUCAUCGAGAAACGGUAAGAGGAAGGCAGAUGAUGAUGUUUAUCAAUGCCAUGCUCAAGGAACACGACCAGUCCCACAGCGACGCGCCACGAUGCCGGCCAUGUUGGAGAGAGAAAACAUACCUCGAUUGUCAGCAUCGCGCCGGUUACUUCCUGCACCGAAGGCUGUUAGGUUUCGAGACUCUCCUGAAAGAGACUCCCCUGAAGAGCACCCGCGAAAUAUGGGCAGAAUGAGACAGUCAAGUCUUGCAAUGGGUCGUUUGCCACGCAUGAUACCGCGGGGCAAGAUGACACCAAUAAGCCGGAAUACAAUGAGAAGGCCCGUAUAUACCGGUCGAGCUUAAUCGGCUGGUCACUCUGUAAGAAUACCUACAUCGUAUUCAUGGUUUCUAUAAGUUGUAGCCCACUUGCUGUGCCCGUUAAUCGUUACUCAAUUGAGGCAAAAUGCAAGAACGACUGAAUUUCAUAUAUGGAAAGGAGCAAAAAAUUUAAAACAAAAACGCUUGACCCGAGAAUUGAACUGGGUACUCAACGGAAAACCAGGCGAACUGAUUUAUUAUCCACGUUGUGGGACCACUAUACCAAGCAGCCCCGAAGUGUGGGAACUGGAAGUCCUUUCAAUCGAAUUGAAUAUAAAGGGCAGCCACAGUACGGACUUCUGAGGGUAAUGGUGGUGGAGAGUGCUUGCGAGGUCUACGCGCACACGCGGUGA